UGUCCGCAGCUCACUGUAGUUCAGACUGACAGUAUAUCCGGGGAGUAAACCUACGAUAUUCCCCCCGGCAUAUCCUCAAAACAACAACAAAUGUAAUUUCCAACUGGCUUCCAGUCCUGUGUGGAGUUGCUGCAACUGUUGGGGAAGAGAGUGAAGACAACCGAAUGGUUUACUCCCAGUUUUGUUUUUGUUUUGUUUCCUUUUUUUGCGUUAUGAACCGAGGCAAAAUGUUUGUGCUGAAAAAAUCAAGAUGUCCUUUUGCAUGGAUGUAAAGCCGUUACGCCACACUCCUCUCCACUGAGCAUCUCUACAGCCACAAGGCAGCCAUGAAGUUGGCUUUGCAAAGGAUUGCAGGCAGCACAAUGAGUACACUAACGACAGGUGUCCAGUAUCUCGGCUCCAACGACGCCAGCUACGACGACACCUCCAUUGACUCGACUUUAGUCAAGAACCGUUUCCAUUUUGAGAAGCCUCACGCCGCCUCGAUAAGUAACGCCUUCCCUGGAAAUAAGGAAGUAAUUAUCAGCGGCCUCGCUCCCAUUUUCCCCACAAAUGUAUCAGACUUUCUGCUGAGUAAUGGCACGUCUGUGGAGAGUGGAGGGGCGGCACAGUGUGGGGAGGACUUUGUGGACAACAUGGAGUGUUUUAUGAUUCUGACUCCCGAACAGCAGCUCGCAGUCGCCAUCCUGGCUCUCACGCUGGGUACAUUUACAGUGCUGGAGAACCUCAUGGUGCUGGUUGUGAUCCUACACUCCCAGACACUUCGGUCUCGGCCUUCCUACCACUUCAUAGGCAGUCUUGCUGUGGCUGAUCUGAUCGGCAGUAUCAUAUUUGUCUACAGUUUCCUGGAUUUCCACGUCCUCCACAGGAAGGACAGCCCCAAUAUGUUCCUCUUUAAGCUGGCGGGGGUCAUCGCCUCCUUCACCGCCUCUGUGGGCAGUCUGUUUCUCACUGCGAUCGACCGCUACAUCUCCAUCCACAGGCCCAUGGCGUACAAACGCAUCGUCACAAAGAAUAAAGCAGUCAUUGCCUUCAGUGUGAUGUGGACCAUCUCCAUCGUCUUCUCACUGCUGCCUCUGCUGGGGUGGAACUGCAAGCGUCUCAACUCUGUCUGCUCAGACAUUUUCCCUCUAAUCGACCAGAAGUACCUGAUGUUCUGGAUCGGGAUGACAAUGAUCUUGGUCCUGUUCAUCAUCUACGCCUACAUUUACAUCCUCUGGAAGUCCCACAACCAUGCUGUCCGGAUGCUGAGUCGCAGCUCCCAGAGGAGUGUGAUUAUCUACACUGCAGAAGGGACUAAAGUACAGACGGUGAGGCCAGAGCAGGCCCGGAUGGACCUCCGCCUGGCUAAAACCCUGGUUCUAAUCCUAGUGGCCCUCAUCAUCUGCUGGGGCCCACUUCUAGCCAUCAUGGUGUACGACCUCUGCGGGAAGGUGAACGACUCCAUCAAGACUGUGUUUGCCUUUUGCAGCAUGCUCACCCUGCUCAACUCCACCGUGAACCCUGUUAUCUAUGCCAUGAGGAGCAAGGACCUGCGCAGGGCCUUCGUCAACAUCUGCCAUAUGUGCCGGAGAGCAACGCAGACUCUGGACAACAGCGCUGAGAGUGACUGGAACAGCAGGAGUGUGAGAAGCACGGCAGCAGGUGGGGCGGGGAAAGAUGGAGCCCGCUGUGGAAAAACUCGAAAAAAAGUAGCCCAGGUUUCUGUUUCUGGAGGGACUGAGACUUCUUCAGCAGAGCCGGUCUAAAAGACAAGCUGCACUACUCUGGUACAACUGUGAAGUUAUUGUAGAAUAUAGGAGGCGUGUGGUGCAGUGGGUUGUCCUUUGGUGUUUGGAUCAGGGGGUCACAGAUUCAAACCCCACUGCAGUCAGUAUGUAGUUGUGUCCCUGGGCAAGAAACUUCACCCCAAAUUGCUCCAGUGGGGAUUGCCCACAGUAUUGAGUAUGUAAGUCGCUUUGGAUAAAAUACAUGUAAGUGACAUGUAAUGUAAUGUAAUAUAGUCCUGACACUACUACUGUUCUGUUACUGUGAAAUGUGCCAAAAAAAGACUUAAGGUACAGAACUGAAGAUCAAGUUUCUGAUGACACUAAAAAUCUGUAAUAUUUCAUCCAACUGUAUGGUGGAGUGUGAUGAUGAUCUGUUAUUGAGAAGUUGUUUGUUAAGUUGCACUAUUCUGAUUGACAAUACCAAUUGUAUCUCAUUAUAUUCAGUAAACCCUAUAGUUAUAUCUACCAGAAACAUGUUUUCUGCAACAACGGUUACAAGCUAAACACUCCGCUCUGUUUCUGCGGUUUGGUUGUGCAUUAAGUUACAGAUUUAUGCUUAAAGGUAGACAAAUAUGUUGUUCCUUUUGGUCCUUUCUUUUUUUUUACACUACAUCAUAGCAAUAUUGUGACAGUAAUGCAAGGUGAAACUGUGUAUACCUUCAUGCUACAUGAACGUUUUAAAUGAGAGCACACUGCUUGUAAAUAGAAUUAGCAUCCCAUUAGUGAUUUGAAAUCAGCUUUUGAUGAUUCUGUAAGACCAUGAUAUUGUGAAAUUUAGCUUUUGAAUGUUAUUUUAAUGUAUUUAUCGUUUAUUUUUUGUAUUUAUAUUUUGCAAAGUAAAAUGGUGAGUAUUACCUGGAAAUACAAACAGGUUUUUGAUCAAAUCAAAACUUAAGUCUGUAGCGAUUUGGGAAUGUUAGUUGCUUAACACGUGUGUUUAUGAAACAGUGAAAUCGUUUAGUGAGAAGCUACAUUUUUGUGAAGCAUUCAUUGUGCAAUUUCUCUGUGCAAUUGUGUCUUAUAACUGUGUUCAAUAAAUAUAUGACAGUUGACUAUUUUUA